AUGGGAGACCCACGAGAAUCAUCAUCGUAUAACGUUACGCCAAGAAUCCGAUACAACACCAUUGGAGGCGUGAACGGUCCUUUAGUCAUUCUCGAGAAUGUCAAAUUCCCUAGAUACAAUGAGAUUGUUACCCUGACCCUGCCUGAUGGCACCCAGAGAUCUGGGCAAGUGUUGGAAGCUAGAGGAAACCGUGCUGUUGUGCAGGUGUUCGAAGGCACAUCUGGCAUUGAUGUCAAGAAGUCCAAGGUCGAGUUCACAGGACACAGUCUGAAGCUUGGUGUCUCCGAGGACAUGUUGGGUCGUAUCUUCGAUGGAUCAGGAAGAGCAAUUGACAAGGGACCCAAAGUGUUGGCAGAGGACUAUUUGGACAUCAACGGAAGUCCUAUUAACCCAUAUUCUCGAGUCUACCCCGAAGAAAUGAUCUCCACCGGUAUUUCUGCCAUCGAUACGAUGAACUCCAUUGCCCGUGGACAGAAGAUCCCCAUCUUCUCCGCCGCCGGUCUGCCACAUAACGAAAUUGCGGCCCAGAUUUGUCGACAGGCCGGUUUGGUCCAAAAGCAGGGUGUCACGAACAAGGGUACACAUGAUGGGCAUGAGGAGAACUUCUCAAUUGUUUUCGCAGCUAUGGGUGUCAACUUGGAGACGGCUCGUUUCUUCACAAGAGAUUUCGAAGAGAAUGGCAGUCUGGAACGUGUCACUCUGUUCUUGAACUUGGCUAAUGAUCCUACUAUCGAACGCAUUAUUACCCCUCGUCUUGCCCUCACCACCGCCGAAUACUAUGCAUACCAGUUGGAGAAACACGUUCUGGUCAUUCUUACCGAUUUAACGGCAUAUUGCGAUGCCCUACGUGAAGUCUCAGCUGCCCGUGAAGAAGUGCCAGGUCGACGUGGUUAUCCCGGUUACAUGUACACGGAUUUGUCGACCAUUUAUGAACGUGCCGGUCGUGUACAUGGACGAAACGGUUCCAUCACCCAAAUUCCCAUCUUGACUAUGCCCAACGACGAUAUCACCCACCCAAUUCCAGAUUUGACUGGUUACAUUACGGAGGGACAAAUAUUCAUCGAUCGUCAACUUUACAAUCGUGGUAUCUACCCACCCAUCAACGUCUUGCCAUCGCUCUCUCGUCUCAUGAAGUCUGCUAUUGGUGAGGGACACACGAGAAAGGACCACGGUGAUGUAUCUAACCAGUUGUAUGCCAAAUAUGCUAUUGGUCGUGAUGCAGCCUCGAUGAAGGCAGUCGUUGGAGAGGAAGCUUUGUCGUCGGAAGACAAGCUCUCUCUCGAAUUCUUGGAGAAGUUUGAACGUACCUUCAUCUCGCAGUCAGCAUAUGAAUCGCGAACUAUUUACGAAUCUCUGGAUCAAGCAUGGUCACUGCUACGUAUCUACCCCAAGGAAUUGCUCAACCGUAUUCCAGCCAAGGUGUUAGCGGAGUUCUAUCAACGAUCGGCUGCUGAUCGCAAGGGUAAGGGACGGGCUGGAAAGGACACCAAGGACAACAGUGAGGAGUCGAAGGCGGCGAAUGGACAUGGAGAGAACCUGAUUGACGCAUGA